AUGCGCACGGUGGGGGCCGACGCUUGCUCGGAUUUUUAUUCGUCGACAAUUCUCUCACGCCGCAAAUAUGUGACAGUGCUACUUGGAACGACCUACACAACCCCAGAACCCCACGUUGCAAAGCUUUAUAAUAUGAAGGAAAUACGGGAGUCAUCGCUGUUACAGUUUGUUAACGAUCCACAUUGUCUCCAGUACAUCCAACAUCCUCGUCUAUUGCGCUGCUACGGUUGCAGGGUCAAUCCUCGACGAGACACAGUGACAUUAUUUGAAGAAUUUGGCCAGGUGAGUCUGCAGAAACUUAUUUUGGAACAUAGAAAAACUGGGAAGUGCUUCUCUGAAUCAGCACUGUGGUCUAUUGCCGCUGCUGUAGCAAGCUUACUCCAGUAUCUCCACCAGCAUGAUAACAAGACCUUCUAUAACGCGGUUUCUAACAACACCAUCAAUAUGGGCAGCAUGGUGCAUGGGAAUUUGAAGCCAUCUAAUGUGUACAUAACGCAUCAAAAGGAUAUCUCAUCGUUUGGACUCUCGGACGUGAAGAUAACGCAUCCAGCUAUAUAUCGUAACUUUGGUACAUCUCGAAACUCAGCUGGUAAGCAGAUUGAUGAGUUGAUAUACCAUGCCCCCGAGAUUUUAAAUGCCUUGGCCACCCCGACUCCUCCAGGGAUCUCUGCAUAUGACGCUAACACAGCGUGCUGCGGCGCUGCUCCAGACCUCUGGUCUCUGGGUAUUAUCCUCUAUGAAAUGAUGGCCCUAGCAAAGCCCAGCCACACCAAUCAAACUGUUCUUUCUCGCCUAGACAAUCACAAUCCUGGGACAAUCACCGCCAUGCCAGACUUGGAUCUAAGCGAUACAUAUAGCACUGAUCUUCUUAAUGUUAUCACACAGCUGCUUAGCCCAGAUCCUCUUCAAAGGCCACGGAUCCAGUCUCUUUUGCUUACAGGCCCAAUCAUGUCCAUACUUCAAGGCUCGCCGCCUCUUUCUCCCCUUAGGCAGAGGAGGCCUGAAGCGUUUCCAGCUCAUCCAGGCCUACUUAUCAAGGGCCCCACAGUGAGAGAGCAUGCACUUGAAGACGUGACGAUUUCUGGGCUAAGCAAUAUAGAUCACAGAGACCUGUCUGUUGUGGAUGCUGAUGCAUCAUCAGCGCGCAAAAGGGAAAUGGAUUUGGAAACUGUCAUUAAGGUUCUCAAUACUGGCAAUAAAAACGCACAACAGUUAUCUACUUCUAAGCCACCUGCUACAGCACUUAACGAUCCUAUUAGCACCGGUAAUCUCCUGCACGAGCCCUUACCAGUCAUCAAGACAGCAAUUCAUUUGACAGGGAGUUGCGACAACUCACAACGAAGCAUAGCUGGCGAUAGCGAAGAUAACUUGGCGCUGGACAUGGAUGCAGGCUCAAAUUCAGACUCCGAAACUAUGGACUUUUGCCCUGCUCCUCUGAGUAACCCUCCCAAUCCGACCAAAAAAGAGCACUCCCAGGCAGAGACCCCGAGUAUCAUGCAAGAUAGGCCUCUUCGAAAUUUCGUUCAUAGUAGCCGAGUCCUGCAGCCAGGAGUACUGGAGACAAUCAACGAGGAUAGCCCAGAGCGUGCAUCUACAUGUACAAGGUUGCGGGCCAAGCAGCACGAAAGACAAUCAGAAAGCAUCCAGAGCAGAUCCUUGUCUGCACGUCCUCGUCAGAUACGGCCAGCAAAUCCUUACAAGGCCCGUAUGAGUACUCACGAAUUGGUAUCACUGCUAAUCUCCAAUACACCAUCCAAUGGCAGCACAUCUAAGUACUCUUACCGCAACCCAGAAGAUCCCUUAGUCUAUAAGCAGAUAUACGUACGAGGCACUCUCCCAAGUAGCAGACAUACAUCAGAUGGCAUGCAUGCAGAUAUAUCGCAUACUAUUUUCGGUCUAUCACCAGCUAACUAUGUUUCUUUUGACGCCACUCGGUCUAGUUCUAUCAGAUCCCAAUCUUUAUCAAGCCGCUCAAGGGAGAACACCGUCCUGAAUCAGGCUAGCCAUGAUGGACUAUCAGGCGAUUCUCGCAGCGUACAUUCGGCCUUACCCCAAAGGUCUAGUUCUCAAGGACAUCGGCCUGCAGACCGCAAGAUGAUUAGCUGGCGUUCCAAGGAAGAUGCCAUUGCAAACGCACACCAGGUGAAGCGUGACAAAAAGGGAAAUACGCAACUGAUGCUUGCGGCCUUGUCUAACAACCUUAAGGCUGUGCAUGAAUAUGCAUCACAGGCCGGCUUGCAGAAUAAGUUUGGGUUUACUGCAAUGAUGAUAGCUGCAAAGAGAGGGUUUGUGGAGAUUGUGAAGAUCCUCAUGAACCAGGAGUCAGGAAUUACUACAAAACGCAAAUGUGGUGUACCCUCUGCCACGGCACUGAUACUGGCUGCAAUGUGCGGCCAGGCAGAAAUAGUGUACUUGCUGCACGAAAAGGAGAGAGGGAUUCAGGAUAAGUCGGGGAUGACAGCGUUAAUGCAUGCAGCCAUGCGAGGGUAUACCGAUAUUGUAUUAAUUCUCAGGAGUGCAGAGGCACGUAAGCGUGACUUUCACGGAUGCACUGCAUUGUUGAUGGCAACAGAGUAUAACAGGUUAGAUAUAAUUAAGCUUCUUAUUGACCAGGAGGCGCAGAUGUCCACGACAGAUGGAUACAAAUAUGGUAGCGGGUUCACUGCUCUGAUGUGUGCUGCCCGAUUAGGAUUCGUGCAGGCCGUAGAGCUACUCGUCAAAAAGGAGGCCAACAUGAUGCACAUGCCGGCAGACAGAGAAACAGGAGGUUUUACUGCACUGGUGUGGGCCGCCAGAGAAGGUCAUCUGGCAUGCAUAAAAGUGCUUGCGCCUUACGAGGCGGCUCUUUCAGGGGGCCUUGCUAUUGUUGAAGGAGAAAAAUCUCUUACUAAUUCCAAGGUCAAGAAACAAAGAAUUCGCUCACUCAUUCGGAGGCACAUGUGCCCUGACGAGAUGGAGGGUUCGGUGCUGGCCAGGAGCUCAACUAGGGUUUUGCGGACUUGUGACAUCUAA